AUGAAAUCCAUCAGACAAAAAUCCGAGGCAGCCAAAUUGUUGUUCGUGUUACUCAAGUUGAACUACAUUACAACUGGAUCUGGAGAAACUAUUCCAGAAUGCAAAGAAAACUUCAGAUGUUGUGAUGGCUACUUUUGGAACUGGACGAUCAACAGAUGUGAACUGUGUAUGCCAGGAUACAGUGGACUGAAUUGCACAACUAGAUGUCCUUAUCCAUCAUACGGAUAUAGAUGCCAAGGGUAUUGUGACUGUAGCAAUGACACUUGUGAUGUAUCUACAGGAUGUAGAACUCUUACUACAGUACAGUCCAAUUUUCAUCGUUUCACCACGUGGACAAAUAGCAGAGGUACUGUAUAAGUAUAUUUG